CCCCUAGUUUCGCUUCCUUUUGCCCUGGACUCGAUCAGUCUCUGCCUACCUUCCUUGGCAUCCUCACUACCACCUCUUCACCUGCGAACGACUUUCACGGAUCCGAGCUCGCCCGAACCUCCCUAGAACACAUCGGGAUAUUUCUUCUUAACUAUCGAACUCCCGUUUCCCCACGGGUCGACUUGGUCACUCUGUUUAUCUGUGUACACAUGCUUACCAACUUGCCGAACCGAAGGAUUUCUCUCUCUUGAGCAUGAGAAGGACCGCCAACUCAUCCACAAUUCAACAUCUAAGAUUGAGCUACCAGCAUGCACACUGGAUACAUAUGCUCCAGCAAAAGUUUUCGGACAGAAAACUAAAGCACCUUGGACCACAUAUUCCGAGCACAGGGGAGAAUCAGUUUUAGGUCUCCACAUAAUGGAGCGAGAAUGAACAGAGAGCGGCUGAAAGAAAAGCAUGAACUGGAGGUUUAUUGAGGUCAUCUGCUUCCUGUUUAUAUGGGACCAUAUAACAGUUCAGUCUUCCCGCCAGGACCUGUCCGCCGCCGAUCAACAUGUCACUAAGCAGUUUGAUUGGCUCAUCUCCGACCGCGGACCUUUCCACCACUCUCGGAGUUACCUCUCCUUUGUGGAAAGAUUCCGCCAAGGAUUUACAACCAGAUAUAAAAUUUAUAGGGAGUUUGCGCGUUGGAAGGUGAGGAACACAGCCAUUGAGAGGAGGGACCUGAUCCGGAACCCUGUGCCGCUCAUGCCAGACUUCCAGCGCAGUGUCCGGUUGCUAGGGCGACGACCCUCCACUCAACAGUUCAUCGACACCAUCAUCAAGAAGUAUGGAACCCACAUCCUGAUAUCCGCCACCUUGGGAGGUGAGGAGGCAUUGACCAUGUACAUGGCCAAGAACAAGCUGGACAGAAAGUUGGUCAACGCCACUCAGAACGUGGAGGCCCUGCACCAGCUGGCCUCCUCCUACUUCAUUGACCGAGAUGGCACCAUGAGGAAACUCCAUGAGAUCCAGAUCUCUACCAAUGCCAUCAAGGUGACAGAGACUCGUACUGGCCCACUGGGAUGCAGCAGCUAUGAUAAUCUGGACUCUGUGAGCUCUGUCCUCCUGCAGAGCCCGGAGAGCAAGCUCCAUCUUCAAGGUCUCCAGGUCAUCUUUCCAGAGUACCUCCAGGAGAAGUUUGUUCAGUCGGCUCUGAGCUACAUCAUGUGUAAUGGGGAGGGGGAGUACAUCUGCCGGAACAGCCAGUGUAUCUGCAUGUGUGCUGACGAGUACCCACAAUGCAACUGUCCUAUCACCGACAUCCAGAUCAUGGAGAACACCCUGCUUGGGCAGGCGGAGUCCUGGGCCACCUCUUACAAGGACUUUGAGAACUCAGAUGAGUUUAAGUCAUUCCUGAAGAGGCUGCCCUCCACCCACUUCCUGCCGGUCAGCAGUGUCCACCUUCUGUGGGGCAGUGACUGGGACCUGCAGGCCCGCUACCGCCUGCUCCAGAGCUCCCUGGAGACCCAGAGGCUCAAGAUCCAGCGCACCGCCCGCAAGCUCUUUGGCCUCAGCAUCCGCUGCCACCACAACCCCAACCACCAGAUGCCUAGGGAGAGGUCUGUGAUGCAGUGGCUGAACAGGGUCCAGUCCUUCCUCUACUGCAAUGAGAACAGUUUCUGGGGGACCUUCCUGGAGAGCCAGAGGAUGUGCGUGUGCCACACGGGUAUCACCCUAUGCCAGCGACCCAUCCCAUGUAUCAUUGGGGGCAACAACAGCUGUGCCAUGUGCAGCCUGGCCAACAUCUCCCAGUGCGGCUCCUGCAACAAGGGGUACAAGCUGUACCGAGGCCGCUGUGAGCCCCAGAACGUGGACUCAGAACGCAGCGAGCAGUUCAUCAGCUUCGAGACCGACCUGGAUUUCCAAGACCUGGAGCUCAAGUACUUGCUCCAGAAGAUGGACUCGCGCCUCUACAUCCACACCACCUUCAUAAGCAACGAGAUCCGCCUGGAGACCUUCUUUGACCCACGGUGGCGCAAGCGCAUGUCCCUGACACUGAAGAGCAACAAGAACCGGAUGGACUACCUCCACAUGAUCAUUGGGCUCUCCAUGAAGAUCUGCCAGAUGCGCAACAGCAGCAUCGACCCCAUGUUCUUUGUUUACGUGAACCCGUUCAGUGGCAGCCACUCAGAGGGCUGGAGCAUGCCCUUCGGCGAGCACGGCUACCCGCGCUGGGAGAAGACGAGGCUGGGGAACUCCCAGUGCUUCAAUUGGACCCUGCUGCUGGGCAACCGGUGGAAGACCUUCUUUGAGACGGUGCACAUCUACCUACGAAGCCGCGCCAAGGUGCCCACUGGGUUACGAAAUGACACGGGCCAGGGUCCCGUGGACCUGUCCGACCCCAACAAGCGCCAGAUCUACAUCAAGAUCUCCGACAUCCAAGUGUUUGGUUACAGCCUGCGCUUCAACGCUGACCUGCUCCGCAGCGCCGUGCAGCAGGUGAACCAGUCGUACACCCAGGGGACCCAGUUUUACUCCUCCUCCUCCGUCAUGCUCUUGUUGCUGGACAUUAGGGAGCGGAUUAAUCGCCUGGCCCCUCCAGUGGCACCCGGGAAACCCCAGCUGGACCUGUUUUCCUGUAUGCUGAAACACAGGCUCAAGCUGAACAACAGCGAGAUGAUCCGGGUCAACCACGCCUUGGACAUGUACAACACAGAGAUACUGAAACAAUCAGAUCACCUAACUACCAAACUCUGCUGAGAUACAGUAAACAAUCAAACUAAAAAAGAGCAAACAGACACUACAAAUAUAACUGUUUGGGGAUAUUCCUUUUAAUCUUUUUCCUUUUUGGACCUUUUUGUUCUGCCUUUUGGUGUAUUAUUAAAACUUUGUAAUUGUAAUUGUUAAAAUGAAACUCAAAAAGGCAGUGAUGAAGCCUUUUAGUUGGAUAAAGAAGAAGAUUCAUGAAAACCACUUUAAAAGACUGUACCAUAUUUUGUCCCAGCAUGUCUGUCAUUUCCUGAAAGAGCAUAAAGAGAAAAAAUAAGAAAAACAAUUAAAUCCAUCUCCUGGUGACAAAGAGGCCUUUAUUUUAGUCUGAGGGAACAAAGGUUAUAUCUGAAACUGCCAUUAUUUACUGAGUAAAACAUUUUUAAAGAUAUAAUGAAGUUGCAUAAGGGCAGACCAGAUAUCAUCCUUUUAUUUCAGUUAAUAUGCUUUAUCAACAAGCAAAAUAUUACAAACAUGUAAAAUGACAGUUUAAUACAGUAUGAAGGCAUUCAUACAUUUUAUGGGUAAAUAGCCCAGCAAGCAAAUACUCUAAGCAUUAGCUAUAUAGUCUCUUUAUAACAUUAAAUACUCAUGACAAGUCUGCAUCCCUCUCUUUGUGAAGUAAGGUUUAAGGCACUUUGUUGCUGUACUUAAAGCAUAGGCACACGACCGGGGCAGCGGAUAGUCAUUUCAUGUCAAAUAACAGAAACCAGCUGUUUAUAUAUGUGUAUACCUUUAUUUAGCUUGAUGCUUAUUGCUGUUCGUUAAUUGAAUGUGUCAUUUGAGAGUGAGUGAAUCCAGUCUAAGCUGAAACUUAUCUUUGGGCGCUACCUCCCGUGCUUGAAAUUCUACAGGCAUUUCUCAUGAGGAGGUUUCUUCUGGUGCCUGAGUGCAAUAUCGUGGUCUGAAGAUGAACAAUCAAUGCUAUUUCGUACAGCUUUGCAAAACGUACACCUUGUGACUGCUGAUGUGUCAAGCUUUUCGGCACCAAGAGCAAAUUUGAGCAUCGAUCAUUCACGUACAUCUGCAACAGACACCAUGAAAGCCAUACAUUUCCCCGAGGUACACAUAAGACAUGGAAAGCCCCGUGAUCCAUUUUUCUAAAACAUGAAAAAUGUCCCAUUCAUGUAUUUUAUGUUGUCGUUGUUGUUUCCCCCAAAUUCAUUUCAAUUGGAGGAUAACACAGUGGACAGAGAGAGUGUAUUCUCUGGGAUUAUGGGAUGACAUUGUAAAGCCAUUGGCUUUCUAUUUCUACUAACUAGAGUGAACCCACAUGGGAAACAGUUAUAUAAAAGCUUCAAAUACUUCUGUUCAUUUUAAUCUGUAAAUCUACUUUCUAUUUUAUGUACUUUUUUUUAUGCCACGUUGGAUCUUAACUUUGAAUGACCAUGCAAAUCAGAUUGAACCCUCUGACACAAGGUUGUUUAAUCUUUCUAGUCAUACUUUAUUGAAAGCACUGACAUGAUGUUCGUUUAUAGCUAUAUAUAGCUACAUAAAUAAAACAUAGUAUCAAACAUCAUACUAUCUCAGAAGUGUCAAGGAACACUACCUACGUUAUUAUUGUUAUUAUUAUUAUUAGUAGUAGUAUUAUUAAGUGCCUGUUACCUAUCCCUUUAACAUAUUUAGAGGAGGGAAAUUGCUCUUAGUUUAGUUACUGUAUACAGUAAAAACACAUUACCACACAAGAUAAAGACAUUCAAAAGAAUUCAGCAAAUCAGACCACGUCAAUGCAGAUAUGUCCCUCAUUUCUCAGCCUGAGAUACAUGUUUUCUAGCUAAAGCCCUGCUGGUUUGUGCAUGUGGUUAAAUGACCCAUCAUCAAGAGAUUGAAGUCUCAAUUUCCUGACACUAUCUCUCCUAUGUACAUUAUACCUGUAAAUAGCAACUUAGUGUUGGUAUAGUUAUAACAUCAAAGACUACUUAAAUCAUAGUAAUUCCAAGAGAACAAAAGAGGCCAUUAUUAACGAGAAUACCCACAAUACCGUUGGUGUGCUAUUGCACAAAUUUAAAAUACACUCCAUUCUUAAGUGAAUUACUUCAUUAUGAAUAUCCGAGAGGGGUGGCAAUUUCUGACGCUUUUAAUCAAAGCACACUACCGUUCAAAAGUUUGGGGUCACUUAGAAAUGUCCUUGUUUUUGAAAGAAAACCUUUUUUUUGUCCAUUAAAAUAACAUCAAAUGGAUCAGAAAUAUAGUGUAGACAUUGUUAAUGUUGUAAAUGACAAUUGUUGUUGGAAACGACAGAUUUUCAAUGGAAUAUCUUCUAGGCAGAGUUGCAAAGAAAAAGCCAUAUCUCAGACUGGCCAAUGAAAAGAAAAUAUUAAGAUGGAGGAACUCCGCCUAGAAGGCCAGCAUCUCGGAGUCGCCUCUCCACUGUUGAUGUUGAGACUGGUGUUUUGCAGGUACUAGUUAAUGAAGCUGCCAGUUGAGGACUUAUGAGGCAUCUGUUUCUCAAACUAGACACUCUAAAGUACUUGUCCUCUUUCUACACUGGUUACAGCCAGUUUGCGCUGUUCUGUAAAGGGAGUAGUACACAGCGUUGUACGAGAACUUCCGUUUCUUGGCAGUUUCUCGCAUGGAAUAGCCUUAAUUUCUCAGAACAAGAAUAGACUGAUGAGUUUCAGAAGAAACUUCUUUGUUUCUGGCCAUUUUGAGCCAGUAAUCAAACCGGCAAAUCCUGAUGCUCCAGAUACUCAACCAAUCUGAAGAAGGCCAGUUUUAUUGCUUCUUUAAUCAGAACAACAGUUUUCAGCUGUGCUAACAUAAUUGCAAAAGGGUUUUCUAAUGAUCAAUUAGUCUUUUAAAAUUAUAAACUUGGAUUAGCUAACACAACGUGCCAUUGGAACACAGGAGUGAUGGUUGCUGAUAAUAGGCCUCUGUACGCCUAUGUAGAUAUUCCAUUAAAAAUCAGCUCUUUCCAGCUACAAUAGUCAUUUACAACAUUAACCAUGUAUAUACUGUAUUUCUUAUCAAUUUUACGUUAUUUUAAUGGACACAAAUGUGUUUUUCUUUUUUUUCUUAAAGGGCUUUUUUAAGUGACCCCAAACUUUUGAACAGUAGUGUGUACCAUAUGAAAUAUGAGUUCGUUUUGACCACGGCAUUAAUGAAACAAGCACACAUUUGCUUUAUCAGCAUAACAUCCCUGCAAUGUCGCAAAUACCCAUGGAUACAUUUGAUUGAAUAUACAACUCCUAAUACCUUGCCUAUGUAAUUUUUGCUGUUAUGUUGAAAUCAUUAUAUCAGCUUAUUUCAAAUGAAUGUUUCAUAUAAUAAUCAAUUUCUCAUUAAAAGGCUAUAUUUA